CCUAGCUUUCUCCCCGAAACACCUCCAGACAACCCACUGGGCCUCUCGCGCUAUCUCUCUCUUCCUGCUUCCUGAUCUUUGCCCUUCCAUUAAAUUCCUUGUAUUCCAUCCACCCCUCACAAGCGUCCUCUUCAGUCUUACCCAUUGCUUCGUCCCCAGUUCCCCAGUCUGCUCACAAUGGCUACCGAAGCGCCACCACCGCUAAAGCGCAGGCCCUCGAUGCGCGAUAGGAAGCCGUCGAUGAGCGCACCUAUCACUGAUCUUCAGGAACAGGUCGGCCCCGGAUUCUCGCGCCCGAAGCAUAAGAGAACGGUCACUGGGUUUGGAGCGGCAGAUAUCAAGGCAGUGGAGGCUUCUAUUCCAGAACCGCAGCGCGAGGCGUGGCGAAAAUUCGCACCAAAGCCGUUCAACUCACCGGAUGAGUUCUUGAAAGCGACCAUAAACCAUGUCGAAACCACGCUAGCCCGGUCGAUGUACAAUUGCGACGAACAAGCCAUCUAUGGCGGUGCCGCAUUAGCUUUCCGGGAUCGUCUUGUCAUGGACUGGAACAAAACGCAGCAAGAGCAAACCUUCAAGGAUCAGAAAAGAGUGUAUUAUUUGUCACUCGAAUUCUUGAUGGGCAGAGCAUUCGAUAAUGCCAUGCUCAAUGUCCAACAGAAGCAGAAUGCGACUGAGGGCCUGGCACAGAUCGGCUUCCGUAUGGAAGACAUCAUCGAUCAGGAGCAUGACGCCGCGCUGGGUAAUGGCGGUCUCGGACGGCUUGCAGCUUGCUACCUUGAUUCGCUGGCGUCACUCAACUACCCUGCUUGGGGCUACGGCCUUAGGUACAGAUAUGGUAUCUUCAAGCAAGAAAUUGUGGACGGAUAUCAGAUCGAAGUUCCCGACUACUGGCUCGACUUUAACCCCUGGGAAUUUCCAAGGCACGACAUUACAGUCGACAUUCAGUUCUACGGCCACGUUAAUCGCUACCAGGACGAUCAAGGCAAAAUCAUUAACCAAUGGGAAGGCGGCGAGAUUGUACAGGCAGUUGCCUAUGAUGUCCCAAUUCCGGGAUAUGCGACUUCAACAACGAAUAACCUGCGAUUAUGGGGGAGCAAAGCCGCAAGUGGCGAGUUCGACUUCCAGAAGUUCAAUUCAGGCGAGUACGAAGCUUCUGUUGCCGACCAACAGCGUGCCGAGACCAUAUCUGCUGUGCUUUAUCCCAACGACAACCUCGACCGUGGUAAAGAGCUCCGAUUAAAGCAGCAAUACUUUUGGUGUGCUGCGUCGCUCUUUGAUAUCGUGCGCCGGUUCAAGAAGUCCAAACGCGCUUGGAAGGAGUUCCCUAAUCAAGUCGCCAUCCAACUCAAUGACACCCACCCGACGUUGGCUAUCCCCGAGCUGCAACGCAUACUGGUUGAUAUAGAAGGCUUGGACUGGGACGAGGCCUGGAGCAUCGUAACAAAGACCUUUGGCUAUACCAAUCACACCGUCAUGCCAGAAGCCUUGGAAAAGUGGUCCGUUCCACUUAUGCAGCAUUUGCUCCCUCGCCACUUGCAGAUCAUCUAUGAUAUCAACUUGCAGUUCUUGCAAUAUGUCGAGCGAAACUUUCCCAAAGAUCGGGACCUACUGCGCCGGGUCUCUAUCAUUGAAGAAUCGAGCCCAAAAAUGGUUCGCAUGGGCUACCUCGCCGUCAUUGGUUCGCACAAGGUCAACGGAGUUGCAGAACUCCACUCCGAUCUCAUCAAGUCGACAAUUUUCAAAGACUUCGUCAACAUAUAUGGCCCUGAUAAGUUCACCAAUGUCACGAAUGGUAUCACUCCACGAAGAUGGCUCCACCAAGCGAACCCUCGCCUGUCUGAGUUGAUUGCAUCCAAACUUGGUGGCUACGAUUUUCUCAAAGACUUUACCCUCUUAAACAAACUUGAAAAUUUUGUCAACGACAAGGCCUUCCGCAAGGAGUGGGCUGAGAUCAAGUACGCAAAUAAGGUUAGAUUGGCCAAACAUAUAAAGGAGGCAACGGGGAUUAGCGUGAACCCAUCAGCUCUCUUCGAUGUCCAGGUUAAGCGUAUACACGAGUACAAGCGCCAGCAACUGAAUAUCUUUGGUGUCAUUCACCGCUACCUUGCCAUCAAGGAGAUGACCCCAGAGCAAAAGGCCAAGCUUUGCCCUCGAGUGUCCAUCUUUGGUGGCAAAGCUGCCCCAGGUUACUGGAUGGCAAAGAACAUCAUUCAUCUAAUUAAUAAAGUCGGCGAUGUGGUCAACAAUGACAAAGACGUGGGUGAUUUGCUCAAGGUGGUUUUCAUUCCAGACUACAAUGUCAGCAAGGCUGAAAUCAUAUGCCCCGCGUCGGAUAUCAGUGAGCAUAUUUCAACUGCUGGGACAGAGGCAAGUGGAACUAGCAACAUGAAGUUCGUACUUAACGGUGGUCUCAUCAUCGGGACUUGUGACGGUGCGAAUAUCGAGAUCACGCGCGAGAUUGGCGAGAAUAAUAUCUUUCUCUUCGGCAAUCUUGCUGAAGAUGUCGAUGAACUCCGUCACGCUCACAUAUACGGAGAAUAUCAGCUCGAUGACGAACUUGAAAAGGUCUUCCAAGCAAUCGAAAGCGGCAUGUUCGGCGAUGCAGGUGCUUUCACCGCCCUCACUAGUGCCAUUGUGCAUCACGGAGACUACUAUCUCGUUUCUGAUGAUUUCAAUAGCUACUGCAAAACGCAGGAUCUCAUUGAUGAGGCAUUCAAAGAUCAAGAAGAGUGGUUGACAAAGUGCAUCACCGCCGUCGCAAGAAUGAGCUUCUUUACGAGCGAUCGUUGCAUUGAUGAGUAUGCAGAAAUGAUAUGGAAUAUUGAACCAGUCGUCCCUGAAGCAAAGACAUAGAAGCUGCGGCUUGGGCCCGAUCUUGUCUACCUAGACUCGGAGGGAUUAACGGAAUUCUACACGAGAGAAUGUCGCUAGGGUUAUUGUGGAGGUCUACCUCUUCUCAUUCUUAGGUUUAAUUUGAAAUCAUGCUCAGCUCUUCGCCUGAUCUUUUUAUUUUUAACUUUUUUUCUCAUCAGGAUUACAUGAGACAAUGAUACAGAAAUUGUCAAUUUGCACACAUUGUGUCAUCAUA